AUGGGUGACGAAGAUAAUCCACAGUUAAUCGGAAUACCUGAUGAUCUUUGUAGGCGAGCAGGAAUUUCUGCUACUUGGAAAACUGGCAAUAAAUUAGGAAUAAUUGCAUACAAACAUGUUAAUGUCUAUUCUGGAGAUAAAAAAAGUAGUUUCUUUCCUUGUGAUACACGAGUACAUUUUCUUGGACCAGAAAUAAUAUUGUUUUCUCCUAUUCUUCGAAAAUUAGUAAAUGAAAGCAAUGGAGUUUUUCUUUCGAUUAGAAAAAUUCAAAAAUCCAAUUCAGAUGAAGUACGACCUGAAUUAAUAAAGCAUAGUAAACAAUACAGGUCAAUUUUACGAGCUUGUGUUGAAAAGUGUAUAUGGCAUUUAACAGAAAUUUUAUAUGUUGAUACUCUUCCAGGAGAUGUUGUUCUUCCUCAAUUAUUAGAAUGGGUACGAUUUCAUUUUCCAUCACGAGAAUUAAUGGCCAUGAAAAUUUUAGCAAAAAAGUCAAUUGGAGCGGAAUUAGAAAAUAUGAAUUAUUGGGAAGCUGUGAUAGGAUGUGCAUUACAUGGCAAACUUGAAAUAGUUCGAUCUCUUUUAUCAUAUCAUACCAAAGCAGAUCAUCCAGCAUUUGUAACUGCUGAUAAUAUUCUUAAAACAAUGCCUGUAUAUAAUGUUUAUGGUGGUUACUCCGUUAAUGAAUUUACAAUGCGAUGGAAACAUUGGCAAAUGGAUUUAGCUUCUAAUUUGGAAUAUAAAACAUUUAUGAUUGAUCAUAAUUUAGAGGAAUUAAUGCGGUUGUUUGCUGGUGAAGAAGGAAUUCUCUGGGAUUUUUCUAAAUAUACUGAAGCUUGGUAUGAACUUGUAGCAGCUAAGUUACUUUAUUCAUCACCGUGUUGUAAACAAGCAGAACUUGCUCGUCAUGCAAAUAAUAUCGCAGAAAGAUGGCAAGCUGGAAGGCACUUGGAUCAUAUUAUUCUUGCCUUAAUGGAGAAUGAAAUGUAUAAAGUUAUUGAACAAAUACAACACAUGAAUGAUAGUGGAUGGUUUGCUGCGCAUCUUACUGACUUACUUUAUAAUUGUGAAAAACUUAAUAUUAUGGAUGAAGAUCAAACAAAUGUUACUGAUAAGCUUCAUGAAUCGCUUCUCUUAGAGUACGGAAGUACAUUAUUUGGACACUCAUCUCUUUGGCAAUGUGGUGCAAGCUACUUGGAACAAUGUCCUACUCAAGUAACGAGCAUUUGUAAAAUUCAAGGCAUUAAGAGUAUAAGGAGAGGUAGAUUAGGUAAUGCAUUAGCUUGGGCUAUUAAAGCACAAGAUGGUGCAUUUGCAACUUAUAUUGCCGAUCAGUUUCUCAAACAAUAUGCAGAAGAAGGUAUUUUACAAUGCGAAGAUCUUCUAGAGAAUUUAGGUGCUUACAUGUUAACUAGUGAUCGACUUACAUUCUUGGGGAAAUAUUGUGAAUUUCAUCAAAUGUAUGUUAUGGAAGAAUUCAGUGAAGCUGCUCAGUUAUUAAUAUCUCUUAUAACAUCUAAUUUAACUCCCAAAUAUUUCUGGCCAAUUUUAUUGACAGACGCUAUACCUCUAUUAGAAGCCGAAGAUAUUUUGUUAUCUAGUAAAGAUACAUUUUUGUUGAUGCGAUCUGUUGAAGAACACGGUGAUGAUCCGGCUUUUCAUGAUAAAACUGAAAUAUUCAGGCUAUCAGCAGCACGUAAUUUAGCACGAGCUUUAAAUAUUGAAACUGGUCAACCAGAAAAAUAA